AGUCACUGCUGUCAUAGCCAACAAUGGAGGAGAGAGAAAGAGGCGAACGCGAGGAGAGAGGGAAGGAGCUCGCGAAGGAGCUGUCGUCGUCGAAGCUGGGUCUGUCGUCGUCUUCGCGGGUUCCGGUCGUCAUCGUCGUCUCUGCCGUGAAGCCCGUCGCCGCCGUCCUUCUCGCCAUGAAGCCAGCGCCGCCAACGUCAUCAUCAUGGAUUGCUGCUGCACGUGUCGCCACCGUCGCCGCCUCGGAGUCCAUCGCCGUCAAGCAGAACGACGGGCAGAGAGAGGAUCCCCAGGUGAGAGAGAGAGAAACCAGGGAAGGCCGCGACCUGUCCAGCCGCCGUGCCCAGUCGCCGCUCGCGUUGUCGGCGCCGUCUCCGUCUGAACCGUCGCCAGAUCCGCCGCUGCUGAAGCUUCUGGCCGCGCCUCUGCGUCGCUGGAGCUCCACGCCACCGCCACUGCCACCAAAAACCACCACUGAGGCCUAAGUCUGUUUGGGAUCGAGUUACGGGUCUUGAUUGCUGAGUUCUAUGGCUGCUGCAUAUAGCAUCAA